AUGGCUUAUCAAAUCAAUGACACAACCGAAACAAAUAACAUCUCAUCUGAUGACGAAUUAGAAAAAGAAAGGCAUUAUGGGACAACUGAAUUUCCAUACAAGGACAAUAGUAUCAACGAAAAUGAUUGGUCUUCAUCUGAUGAUAGUGAUAAUGAUAAUGAUAAUGACGAUGACAAAGAAAUAACUUACCAUCAUAAAGAAACAUCAAGUGACAAGAAUAUUGAUUGGAGUGAUAGCUCUUAUCUCACUCAUGAUGACCGUUUACAAUCUAUGACUCGAUUCGAACGUCGACAAGCAUGUUAUUACCAAGCGAAAAUUCAACAAAUUCGACAACAAUUAAGAAAUGAAAAUCUUAUUUUACGACCAAUUUAUAAAGAUAUUGGAUAUCAUGUGGAACUCAGUCGUUCAUAUCCGACUGCUAGUCAAAAUCGUUUAGCUAAAAUUGUUGAACGAGUUGAAACAACAUUGAACAAUUUAUUACAUUCCAAAUCUAUUACUGAAGCACAACAUAUGACUAUGAAAAUCGAUCGAUCUACAGUACGAAUGCAUUAUUUAAACUUCGUAUCAGACACACAUAAAGAAGGAAUUCCAGUUCAACCAACCAUGGUAUGUAAUAAUGGACCAACUAUAAGUAUUAGUCGUUAUCUUGGUCGUCUUCUUGGAUUACUUUUCAAUGAUGCAACUUAUUGUAAAAAAUUUCAUAAAGCUUAUAAUAUUAUACAUGCUAUGGAAUUCUAUCAGAAAAGUGGUCAACUUCGACCAACUACCUUAUUUGCUUCAUUUAAUAUUAAUGAUUUAUGUUUAAAUUUUUCACAUCAACAAGUUAUGGAUGCUUUAGAACAUUUCUUCAAUUCUUACAUCACAUCAGAUCAUUUAAUUCAAGGUAUGACAAUUAGUACAAUUUUUCAACUUGUUCGUCUCGUACUCGAUGAACAAUAUUUUAUUUACAAUUAUAAAUUAUAUCGACAAACUGCUGGUGGUGCUUCUGGUUCAUCAUUAACUAUUCCAUUAGCCUAUAUCUAUUUAUUUUAUUGGCAACAAAAUUUAUUACAAGAUCUUAUUAAUAAGCAUGAACUCUUUUUCAGAUAUCGAGAUGAAGCAUUUAUUACAUGGAACAGAUCUGAAGAUGAACUUCGUACAUUACUAACUAUGGCUAAUUCACAAUUUUCACAACCUAUAUGGAAUAUUACUGAUAUUGGAGCAACUAUUCAUUUUCGUGAUAUUCUAAUAACUAAUAAUAAUGGACUUCUUCAAACAAGUGUUUAUCAUGAACAAACAUUCGAACACAGUCUGUUACCACCAUCAUUUCGGGAUAUUCUUCAACCAGCAAUCAAAGAA